GCCGAAACGUACAAGACAUUUGCGGUUUCGCUAUGAAAUCGGCUUCGUGUGGACGGGGCCUAAGGGCUAUUGAUCAGCUAUGAAAUUCCUGUGUAUUUUCGCCGUUCUUCUGUCCGUUGUGGCUGCUCGUCCUGAUCCAAGCCGGCCAUGGCGAAGAGGUGGACCGUUCGCUAGAGGACCUGGAGGGCCUCGAUGGGAACCCAACUUCCCAGGCAGACCCACGGGGCCGGGAAAGUUGCCACCUGGGCAUCCAGGCAGACCUUCUCACGGAGCAGGGCAUGGAUGUUCCCAGAUGACCACAGUGGGAGCACCUGUGUCAGACCCUCAGACGACUGGGGCUCCUCCAGUGACUUCCAGGGGUGACAAGAGUGGAGCGGAAGGGAAGCCCCUUGUUCAGGUGGGAGAAACAUUAGCCACUACCUCGCAAACCCAAACUCCUGGUAGGGCCCCAGUGCCUGGCCCAGGGGCCGCGGACAUGGACCUGCUGGAGGGCUUUCUAAUGGGCGGGACCCCCCUGGAGCCGGGUCAGCUGGAGAAACAAAAGUUCAUCCCCAUAUUCAAGGCUGACAAUGUCUCAUUUGAGAAUGUCACUGGUCUUCACCUGAAAGAGGGGGAGAAUAUAUACCUACUACCAAAGGAUGAAAAACAACCACCCAUGCCAAAGGAAUCAAAGAUGAAUGGGCUCCCUGCACCUGCGAGCAUGUAUGGACCGUAUGGAAUGCCAUACCAACGAAGGCCUCAGCCAUAUUUGAAGGUUGUCCUCAAUCCCACUGCAACUGCAACGGUAAUUUAA